AUGGCGUUAGUGCUAGCUCUUCCGUCAACUGCCAAGAUGGCGGCAUGGCGCAAUCCCUCAGACUUCGUUAACCAACGAGCUACUGAAAAGCCUCAUUCGUCGGCGCUCACGCCGCUCGUUAGUUCCAGCUGCCGUCCGUUACAGGCACAUCGGCGCUUUCGCGUCUCGGCAUCUUCCGCUAACAUCGACGGAGGUCCUUCCGCGGAAGCUUCCUCGGUCCCUUCCGAGUCUCCCACCACAGCUGAUGCAAAUGACGUCACGACGACGUCAGCAGGUCGCGAUACCGAGUCAGGCAAGGAGACGCAGCGGCAAUCAUCCGCCACGUCAUCAGCCGGCCGGUCGCGACGCGCGGCGGAUUCGACGGACUGGAUAGCUUCGGCAGUGACGCGUAGGUUCGGCAUCGGCGCGGGGCUGGCUUGGGUGGGGUUCCUGGCGUUCGGCGUGGUGUCGGAGCAGAUCAAGACGCGGCGCGAGCGAUGUGGCGAUGCUCUGUUGGGCGAUGCUCUGUUGGGCGAUGCUCUGUUGGGCGAUGCUCUGUUGGGCGAUGCUCUGUUGGGCGAUGCUCUGUUGGGCAAGGCUCUGUUGGGCGAUGCUCUGUUGGGCGAUGCUCUGUUGGGCGAUGCUCUGUUGGGCGAUGCUCUGUUGGUCGACGCUCUGUUGGGCGAUGCUCUGUUGGGCGAUGCUCUGUUGGGCGAUGCUCUGUUGGGCGAUGCUCUGUUGGGCGAUGCUCUGUUGGGCGAUGCUCUGUUGGGCGAUGCUCUGUUGGGCGAUGCUCUGUUGGGCGAUGCUCUGUUGGUCGAUGGAGACGGAUCUGCCCAGCAGAGGCAGGGACGUGGAAGAUGCAGAGGAGACGGACCUGCCCAAUGGAGUCAGAUUCACCGAUCUGAGAGUGGGAGGAGGUGCCGUUCUCCAAAAGGGAGACCUGGUGCUCGUCUCCCCUCUCUCACACAUCCCCUCUUCCUUUUCCCCUCCCUGUGUGCGUGUGUGAACACCAGGGAUGUGGAGGAUGCAGAGGAAACAGAGCUGCCCAACGGAGUCAAAUUCACCGACCUUAGAGUUGGAGGAGGGGCUGUCCCCCAGAAGGGAGACCUGGUGCUUGUCUCCCUUACAGGCCGCGUCUCACUACCGGCACAGUCCAGCACCACUGUAUCUGAAUCCGGAUCAGAUUCUAAUUCCGAACCAAUCACAUUUAUCGACACUACAGCGCCUGGGGCCCGGGACCUGGUCUUCUCAUUUGGCAUUCGGCCGUUCCCCAGGGGGGUCACUGAAGGGUUGGUGUCAGCAAUGGCGACCAUGCGGGCGGGCGGGAGGCGAAAAGUUUUGGUGCCCGCGGAUCUCGGCGGUGAAAUGUCUGCAGGCGGAGGAGGAGAGGGAGAGGGUGGUGCUGCUGGUGGGGCGAUUCUAGAAUAUGUCGUGGAGCUGAAACGCGUGUCCAUCCCUCCGUCAUAG